AAGUAUGACACUAGACGCCGAAGGCGGGGUUGUGAAGGGAGGGGUUUGGGGACCAUCCCUGCCAGAUACAGGGGAUGUGGUUCCGUAGCUUGACUACGCUCUCUUGUUUAGGACUAGGAAGCCCAGCCCGCCGAGCUGUGUGGCUGGUGAAAUCUAUCCCUUACAUGGUGAACGAUUGGCGGGUGGAGGAGCCGAGAUGGAGGUGGUCCUGGACCGACCGACCGAGCAAGAGUCUGGACGAACUUGGAGUUGGUGCUCGAGUCACCCUCCCCUGGUUGCGUGAGCGCCCCCGGCCGCCACUGUCGCCGCGGCGGUCGCUGAUCCUGAUGGGCGACCUCAUGACUUGCGUCAACAUGAUCUGAUUAGAGCC